AUGAUGGAGGGUAGGAUGAUGGAGGACCUGAGGCGGAUGACGGCAGGCUUCAUGGGCAUGGCUGUAGCCAUCAUUCUGUUUGGCUGGACGAUAGGUGUUCUGGGAUGCUGCUGGGAUAGAGGACUGAUGCAGUACGUGGCAGGAUUACUGUUCCUAAUGGGAGGCACCUUCUGUAUAAUCUCUCUCUGUACCUGCGUGGCGGGGAUCAACUUCGAGCUGUCCCGUUAUCCUCGCUAUCUGUACGGCCUGCCGGACGACAUUGGCCAUGGCUACGGCUGGUCUAUGUUCUGCGCCUGGGGAGGUCUGGGGCUCACCCUCAUCGCUGGUUUCUUCUGUACCCUGGCUCCCUCCGUCCAGCCCAUCCCUCGAUCCACCUGCCCCAAGUCGAGGCAGGAGAACGGGACGGUCUGCUAGAGGGACUGGGAUGGAGGAUAGAGGGACUGGAGGUCCAGUCCUAGAUAGAUAGCUGACUACACCUUUAACCACACAGGACAGCCAUAACAAAAGAGAAUUUAACAAACAAAAAUGUAACAAUGAGUUGACAAAUCCAUUUAAUUAAUAAUUUUCCUGGCCACUUAAAGACAAUGUUUAGUUUUUUCUUUGAUUAAGUGUGUGUGUGUAUAAACAUGUUGAAAGUGUGUGUGUGUGUGUGUGUGUGUGUGUGUGU